AGUCCUGAAAGCGAUCUUUAAGUCUAUUACCAAAGUCUGCUCUCGUUGCUGCAAUGAUGGAUUUCAAGGCGUUUGGAGAAGAGUCUUCUGAGGGAGACGCGGAGGAUCUGGACAGUGUGAAAGCACUGACAGAAAAGCUGAAGUUACAGACUCGCAGACCAUCCUAUCUGGAGUGGCAGGAGCGAUUACAGAGUGGACCGUGGCAGGAGAGCUAUCCAACUGACCGCCCGGACUCAGAGGGACAAGAGGUCUCCAUGCCUGCAGUUUUGAGAAAUGAGAGAUCUGAGCUCGUAAUUCGUAACAUCUGUGGCUUUGAUACUAUUGAUGAUGCUUUGGAGUUUCUGAGAAAAGAGCUGAGGGAGAUGCAGGUUCAGGACAACCGCCUGGCCCGUCAGCUGAUCCGACUGCGUGGGGAGAUCCACCGGCUCAAAGUGGAGCAGGUAUGCGACCGCCAUAAGGAGAUGCUCGAUGAUGCAACGUACGAGCUGGAGGAGUGUGGCGAGGAGUCAGAUCUGCUGUGUGACAUCCCCAUGAAGGCCGCUUUCGCCUUGUCCACCCCGCUGAAACACCUGGGCCUCACCAAGAUGAACAUCAACUCCAGACGUUUCUCACUGUGUUAAAACCUCAACCCCUGAAUCUUUGUUACUGAGGACGCUCCCAUCGCCUCCCUCUCUGUUUGUUCAGGCAAAUGAGGAGGUGUUUUGUCGACAGAGUGGCUGGCCAGCUACUGGUGCCACGGAUGGAAAUAAAAAUGAGUCCUCUGACGUACACCGCGACUUGACAGGCAUGAGGAAGCUUCUGUGUGCAGACCUGUAGAGGCACACACCCAAAAACACUGACACACCUUUCUGCUGCACAGAGCCUGAGUUGCUCUAACAUUGUGUGUUCUUUGCACAGUGCAGGGUGAAAUCGAGUAGCUAGAUGAAGAAUUAGACCUAGACUGAAAUGUAAAGGUGAAUAUGAAAUGGGCAUUAUGUUUGGUAUCUUAUACUCAGUUCAUUUUGGUGUUGUAAAAACAAAGUUUGCCAAAGAUGUGCAAAACAUUUAGGGGGAGUGUAGUUAUUAGUUGUUCAAUGGUUGUCAUAAAAAUAAGAAAGCACUCAUUUGUAGACAAAAAAUGUCAUGGGUCACAUUACUUUACAUGUAAAAAGGUUUUCCACAGUUGACUGAAAUGAAAAUGUAUGAAGGCACUGUGUCUGGUCCAGUCUGAAAGAAAUGCAGAAUUUUAAAGUAAGCAUGGUCCUUUGAUAAAGUGACAUAACAUGUACAUAGAAACCACCAUCUCAUACAGCAUCCUCACAGGAAGUGGGAGGCCACACUCCCAGCAUUUUUACACCUCUUCUUCAUGAACCAAAAAUAUCUCUAUGGCCUUGCCACUGCAGUGACAGAACCCAGGAGGCUCUUCUUAAUGCAUUUGUUUUCCAUUACAGUCCAGAGUCCAGAUGCUGCUGAGCACUAUAUAUGGCUGGAAAGUGACCAAGUGUAUUCUGUUGCUCAGUAAGCGAUUCAGGGCAAAUUAAAUAGGUUAUUACAUACCUUAAUAUUAUCAGAUAGUAAUCUUGUUGUUGAGUU